CUUAAAGAGAAGUGACUCAGUGCUAGCAGACAAUUUAGGUUGUGCAGGGCCUACUGCUUCAGUUUGCUUUAUUGACCGUUUUGUGUUUCUGAAAAAAAAAAUCAAAUAAAAAAUUUAAAACACAUUUCUUCAUUUUUCCCCGCCAACUUUAUAUUUUUGUUUUAAGGGUGGAACUGGCUUUCAUUUUUUGCCCAUCUGCAGCUAAUUAGCUAGCUGCGCCAAGCGAUCUAGCUGGCUAGCUAGACACAGUUUGCAGAACCGCAAGGUUUAGCUACUUAGGUAUUUUCCUUGGGAGCUUUCUUCUUAUGUAAUUAUAACCUUCGCUGUAUUACGGCAAAAUGUCAAGACCUACGAGGAACAAGAAGGUGGUCGAUUACGCACAGUUCCAGGAAUCAGAUGAAGCAGAUGAGGAGUACGGGAGGGACGGACAGAAGCGGCGAGCCCCUCGUGAGGUUAAGCACAAGAAGCGGACGGGCAAGAACUCCCAGGAAGACAGUGAUGAUUCUGAAGACAAGUCUAAAUCCAAAGAUAAUGAUUCUGCAGAUGACUUUGGAAGCAACGAGGACAAUGACUUUGGCGAGGAGGAGGAUGACGAUGAGGAAGGAGGUGACAGCGACUACGACUCAAAAAAGGCCAAAAAGGGGAAGGGAGGCAGGACGGAGAGAACAAGGAAGAGGAAACAAGUGUCAGAUGACAGCGAUGAGGAGCGGGUGGUGCGUAAGAAGGUGCGGCAGGUUCGGCAGGCAGCCACUAAAGCCGUGUCCAAGCAGAGGGAGAUCCUGCUGGGGGACCAGGGCAGCGAGGACGAGGACGGGGACCGAGAGCACCAGGCCCGCGUGGACGACGAGUCGGGCAGCGAUGAGGACUUCACAGUGGACGACGACGACGACAGCGACUACGGCCGGUCCAGGAGGAGGAGCAAGAAGGGCGUCAGGAGGAGCAGACACGAGAAGAAGCAGCCCAAACCCCGACUAAAGGCCACAGUGAACCCCAGCUCUGCGAAGGGCAAGGGCAAAGGCCGAACCCCAGCGGCUUCGACCGUCCAGAAGUCCCCCCCCGCCAAGGACGAGGAGGAGGAGGAACCAGAGAGCCCCCCAGAAGAGGAAGAGGAGGCGAAGGAAGAGCACGAACAGAAGAAAGAUUCCCCUCCCCCAAAGAAGACCAAGGAGGAAGAGGAGGAUGUCUCAGAAGAUGAAGUGCCGUCUGGGGAAGACUAGCUGUCCUCCGGGGCCUGGAAGAUUCUAUUUUACCUGUUCCUUUCGUUUCAUUUGUUUUCCCUAUUAUUUUUACUUUGGAGCUUUAGAGCAGAGUUUCUUAAUUCAGGUUCUGCAGGCCCACGGUGAAUGUUGGUUUCAGUACCUGCUGUCGGUUCAGUACUGCUAGAUAUCAGGCAUCUCGUUCAUUGAUUUCUACCUGGCUUUAAGUCUUUGAGGAAGUGAAGUGUAGUUUGGAGGUGUGGUUCUGCAAACAGACAGGUGAAAGGUCAGCGUGUUUGUUGAUUUUGCACUGCGUUCAUCACGGGUGCAGAUUUGCCGUUCACUUAAAUCUCUUCAGGUCUAGAACUAUUAAUUAAGCUUCUAAUUAUGAUGAAUUAAUCAGUCCAGGAAGCCACCCUAAAUUUAAGCAAAG